AUGUCCGACUUCCCUUCCACAGAGAACGGCAAGAUCUCGUUCAAGAACCGCGUUGUCGUGGUUACUGGUGCCGGUAACGGUCUCGGUAGGGCAUACUCCCACUUCUUCGCUUCCCGCGGAGCCAAGAUCCUCGUCAACGAUCUCGGUCCUUCUGCUAACGACAAGAGCAAGAAGGCUGCCGAUGUUGUUGUUGAAGAGAUCACCAAGGCCGGUGGUGAGGCCAUCGCCAACUACAACUCCAACACCGAGGGUGACAAGAUCAUCCAGCAGGUGAUUGACAAGUGGGGCCGUGUCGACAUCGUUAUCAACAAUGCCGGUAUCCUCCGAGACAAGUCCUUCAAGUCGAUGUCCGACAAGGAAUGGGACCAGAUCACCGCCGUUCACAUCACCGGCUCUUACGCCUGUGCCAAGGCAGCAUGGCCUCACAUGCGCAAGCAAAAGUACGGUCGUAUCAUCAACACUUCUUCGGCUGCCGGUAUCUACGGUAACUUUGGUCAGGCCAACUACUCUGCUGCUAAGCACGCCAUGAUCGGUUUCGGCAAGACUCUUGCCAUCGAGGGUGCCAAGUACAACAUUCUCUCCAACAUUCUCGCUCCUGUUGCCGCAAGUCAGAUGACUGCCACCGUCAUGCCUCCCGAGAUGCUUGAGAACCUUACUCCCGAGUACGUCGUUCCUAUCGUCGCUUACCUCGUCUCUGGCGAGAACAAGGACGUUUCCGGGCAGGUUUUCGAGUGCGGUGCCGGCUUCUUCGCUCAAAUCCGACGUGAGCGCAGCCGCGGCGUUGUCUUCAAGACCGAUGACUCGUUCACCCCUGCUGCCGUCCGCGCCAGGAUCGACGAGAUUCUCGACUUUGACGAGAAGCCCGAAUACCCCUUCCGCAUCACUGAUGCCAACCACAUGGAGUUCCUCGAACGUGCCAAGGAGGCCAAGACCAACGACCAGGGUGAGGGCCCUGUCCGCUUCGAUGGCAAGACCGUCCUCGUCACUGGUGCUGGUGCCGGUCUCGGUCGCGCUUACGCUCACAUGUUCGCAAAGCUCGGCGCAAACGUCGUUGUCAACGACUUCCUCGAGAAGAACGCUGCCUCCGUUGUCGACGAGAUCAAGAAGGUUGGUGGUAAGGCUGCUCCUGCCGUUGGCUCCGUCGAGGACGGCGAAAAGAUUGUCAAGGCUGCCGUCGACGCUUUCGGCUCGCUGCAUGUCAUCAUCAACAACGCUGGUAUCCUUCGUGACAAGUCUUUCGCUGCCAUGUCGGACAAGGAGUGGCACGACGUCAUCAACACUCACUUGCGCGGUACCUACAGCGUCUGCCAUGCUGCUUGGCCCAUCUUCCAGCAGCAGAAGUACGGUCGUAUCGUCAACACCACCUCGGCUGUUGGUAUCUACGGCAACUUCGGUCAGGCCAACUAUUCGACCGCCAAGGCCGGUAUCAUUGGUUUGACCAACACACUCGGUAUCGAGGGCAAGAAGUACAACAUCAUUGCCAACACCAUCGCUCCCAAUGCCGGUACCGCCAUGACUGCCACCAUCUGGCCUCAGGAGAUGGUCGAUGCCUUCAAGCCCGACUACGUUGCUCCUAUGGUCGGCUACCUUGCCAGCGAGGCCAACGAGGACCUCACCUCGAGCCUCUUUGAGGUUUCGGGUGGUUGGGUCGCCGCUGUCCGCUGGCAGCGUGCUGGUGGCCACGCCUUCAGCCACGGCAAGGCUCCUACUCCCGAGAGGAUUGUCAAAAAGUGGGGUAAGAUCACCGACUACGAGACCAACCCCUCGUGGCCCGCUACUCCCAGUGACUCGCUCGGCGAUAUCAUUUCGAACUUCGGUAAUGCUUCCGAGGAGGAGGAUGAUGAUGAUGAUGACAGCGAGGGUGGCGCCGGUGAUGACUACAGCGACCCUGAGGACCCCGAGAUCGUUCAAAAGGCCAAGAAGGAGCCCAUCGACGACUCUGAGUUCUCGUACGGCGAGCGUGAUGUCAUCCUCUACAACCUUGGUGUUGGUGCCACUGAGAAGGAACUCGACCUGGUCUUUGAGCAAGACGAUGACUUCCGUGCUGUCCCCACCUUCGGUGUUAUCCCUCAGUUCAUGGCCAGCGGUGGUAUCCCCCUUGACUGGUUGCCCAACUUCAGCCCUAUGAUGCUCUUACACGGUGAGCAGUACCUUGCCAUCAAGAAGCCCAUCCCGACCAGCGCUACGCUUGUUAACAAGCCCAAGCUCAUGGAGGUCCUCGACAAGGGCAAGGCUGCUGCUGUCACCUCUGUCGUUCACACUCACGACAAGUCGAGCGGUGAUCUCAUCUUCGAGAGCCAGAGCACCGUCUUCAUCCGUGGAUCUGGUGGCUUCGGCGGCAAGAAGACCGGUAAGGACCGUGGUGCUGCGUCGGCGACCAACAAGCCACCUUCGCGCAAGCCCGACAAGGUUGUCACCGAAAAGACCACCGAGGGCCAGGCUGCUCUAUACCGUCUCUCUGGCGACUACAACCCCUUGCACAUCGAUCCCAGCUUCGCUCAGGUCGGUGGCUUCGACAAGCCCAUCUUGCACGGUCUUUGCUCGUUCGGUAUCUCGGGCAAGCACAUCUUCCGUGAGUACGGUGCGUACAAGGACAUUAAGGUGCGCUUCACUGGCCACGUGUUCCCCGGUGAGACGCUCGAGACAAGCAUGUGGAAGGAGGGCAACAAGGUUAUUUUCACCACCCGUGUUGUUGAGCGUGACACCCAGGCUCUCGGUGCCGCUGCUGUCACACUCGCCGACGGGUAA